AGUAGAAAGUUCAGCGGCAAGACGAGCGGUGCAAGUUUCUUUGGUUGUGUGUGGAACGAUAGCAGUGGGCGAAAUUUCUUUCAUUUUCUUCACCAAUGUGCAAGUUGCAAAAGUGUUGUGUCAAUGCCAAAAAUUACUAGAACGGAUUCCAAACACAAAUUGUUCAAACAAUCAAGCUUAGGCAAAAGUCUAUCGUCCCGCAAAGGAUCUCGAACGGGCAAUUCGGCCAACAACAAGGAACUCAAAGUGCUCACCCUGCUGCAGUCUGUGCCGUGAAUUGGGAAUUAGCAAACCAACUCCC